AUGAAUACAAUCAUUAACCUAAUCGAUGAUCCCCUGGCAAGAUCCGCGUUCAUCUUACUAGAAAAUCAAAGCAUAUUAUCAAAUGUCGAGACCAUAGUUCGAAGUUCUAAGGGAAACCAUUUGAAAUUAAGGAGAUCUUUCAAUUCUGCCUUGUCGAAUGCCAUAAGCACCACCAUGAAUUUCAAUAAUGACCUCAGGACGAACAAAAAGAGUAAUGGUUCAGAGAACAAAGAUACUAUAUGCUACAUACAUAAGGGUGAAUAUCUAGUCAGGAAAUAUAAAAAAAAGUUUUCAGUCGGAAAGUGGGGCCAGGUGAAUCGAAACUACAACGUAGAAUCUAAUCCUGUGGAAGAUUCUCCACAAAAUGUGAGGAAGCGAGUCAGGUACGAUGCAGACAAUGACAAACAGUUAAAACGUGGAAAACAGGGGACUUCAAAAGAUGCUGUUGAGGACACGCACACUAUGGUUAGGAAUGCGGAAACUAGAGAAGAAUCAAUGAACGAACUUCAGAAUGAAACUCCAAAUGAGGAAUCCAUGGACAACAUGGAUAUGGAUGACAAGUCAGAGGAUUCUGUUGAAUAUUCUAUCCCCGAAGAGCAACAUCAGAACCAGAAAUACAAUUUAAACCCUCGACGAGGGCAAUUCAAACAACUAUCAUUUCACGAUGAUCAAUUUGCAUCAGCCUCCACAACAUUGGAGCGUUCACGUCAAGUAAGUAAGCACUACCAUGAUAUCAAAAAUGAACUCGCUGUCCCACUCAACGGUGGAGAUUAUGUUCUCACAUGGGAUAAGCCAAUCAAGAAUGUUAUAGGAGCCAAAUCAUACAAGUUAAAGGAAUGCUGGGUCCAUACAGAAUCAUCGCUACAGGUGAUCUCAUUUAUUGAUUAUCUACAUUAUAUGGUCUCAAGAUUGAGAGAGGAUUUGCUAGAUAAAUAUUAUAGAAGUAUCACCGACGUAGCGGUUGAACUUAUCCCGCGGGCCCUGUCGUAUAGUAACUUCACUUCCGAUAAGUUAACCAGGAAUUUAUAG